AUGGCGUCGGUCGACCACGACGCGAUACGCGCGACGGUAUCGCGCUUUGUCGAGGCGUACCUCGCUCGGAACCCCACCGCGCGCGCGGCCGUCGACGCGCUCGCCUCCGCGGCACCGAACGGCGCGGCGGACGUCCACUGGGAUCACCUCGCGUUCCGAUCGUUCGAUCGCGACGGGUGCGGCGUCGACGCCGUCGCGCGCGUCUUCCUCGACCUCGGCUACGUCCCGCGAGACGAGCUGAGAUUCCCGAAGAAGAAGCUCCUCGCGCGGUGGUACGCCCCGCCAGAUCCGGAUCCGGGCGGCGACCCGUGCGCGACGCAUCCGCGCGUGUUUAUAUCGCACGUGCUCGCGGACCGGCUGUCGCCGGCGGCGCGCGACGUCGUCGCGAAGUACACGACCGCCGCCGCGGAGGUCCCGGGCGCCAUCGCGUCCGCCGCCGCCGCGGGGUCGCGCCGCCCGUGGGGCGCGCUGGUCCCGACGCGCGAGGACUACGAGACGCUCGCGGCGGAGAGCGAGUACGCGGCGUGGGUGCUGGUGCACGGGUACUCGUUGAAUCACGUCGCGGUGAGCGUGCAUCGGUUGGUCGCGGAGGGCGCGAAGCGGAUGGACGACGUCAACGCGCUGUUGAGCGGGCCGCCGUACGGCUUCGCGCUCAACGGCGCCGAGGACGACUCGGUCGUGAAAGUCUCCCCCGACGGAUUGCUGCGGCAGUCGUCCACCGUCGCGGACGUCGCGUCGGUGACGUUCGAGGACGGCGGCGCGCUCGACGUGCCGUCGUGCUACGUCGAGUUCGCGGAGCGGCUACCGCUGCCGCAGUUCGCGGGCGACGCGACGAUCACGGAAGCGAAGCGACGCGACGGGUUCGAGGUGGGCAACGCGGAUCCCAUCUUCGAGAGCACAAACGCGCGGAAGUGA